CAUUUUGCAGCGCACACACAAAUCGAGCCGUUACAGUGUGUGAAUAUCUGAAAUACUUUUCACAAGCUUAAAUCCGAAACUUGUGGUAGCCAUUUGCAUUUCACUUUGGAAAACAAGCCAAAUCUGAAUCAGUGUCCAUCUUGGAUUUCCAAAGACUGUGAGAGGACACGGCUACAGAGCCCCUGACGCUGAUGCAGGGUUUUGGACUGGACAGUCUGUCUGGUUCAAUUCUGCCUGAAGUUCUGAAACCCUGAGAAAACUCAGUUUGAUCCAAGAAUUGGAGCAAUCCUCAUCUGUUACCUCAUCUGCCCUCCUGAUGUCAUCAUGCCGCCCCUAAGCAUCAUCACCCCACCCCCAGUCAUCUCUCCGCCUCCCCAAUGCAGAGGAGAGUGACACUUGGGAAAAAUAACCGGUCACCGAGGACACAGAACUGGUCUGACUUUGAGGAAUUAUUGGUGAGAUCAAUUAGGUGUGUGAUGGAUUAGCAGGAUAAUAUAUGGAAUUAGUGCAAGGAGAAGGAGAUAUAAGCACGUUGGCACUUGGUUCAGUUCCCUGGAAGAAUGGCUGCAGGAAGGAAGAGCCUGACCCUUGGCUUGUUGGUGCAACACUUUGUCCUGCUUCAAGGAGCCAAAAUCUUGACAGUAACCUUUUUAGGCGGAAGCCAUUAUCUCUGGAUGGAUGGAAUCUCCCGUAUUCUACACAACCACGGCAAUGAAGUAACAAUGUUCCGGCAGAUUGCAGAUGGAUUGCUACCAGAUUACCAGAUGCAGGAGAGCCCUUACAGACUGGUCACCUGGUCCCUGGAUGAAAAUUAUCUUAAAGAAUAUGGUGAAUUUUUCAGAGACAGCAAAUACAACUUUAAGGGCAGUGAUGAACUUUCUUCUUAUUUGGGUCUCUUUACCCAUCUGUCACGCCAGUGCAAGAUGAUAUUUAACCAGACGUCCAUCUUGAACUUAUUAAAGGAGGAAAAGUAUGAUAUUGCGGUGAUAGAUUCUUUCAAUCCCUGCUCCUUUUUGGCUUCUGAGAAGUUAGGAAUCCCCUUCAUUGCUACUCACCCCUUUGCAGUAAAGAGUCCUUGGCAUUCAGGAAUACCGAACCUGCUGUCCAUUAUGCCAGCGUAUCAGUCCCAAUUAAGUGACCACAUGAACUUUUUUGAAAGGGUAAAAAAUGUUUUUUUUUACAUUGACUCAGCUGUAUUGGAGUACAAAAUUCACUCAUUAUUUGAUGAUGUUAUUGAAGAGCAUUUCCCAGUAGGUUCUAGACCAUCCUUUGCGGAACUCUACAAGAAAGCAGCACUGUGGAUGUAUAAUACAGACUUUACCAUUGAAUUUCCCCAUGCUUUUUUUCCAAAUGUUCUGUAUAUUGGAGGUGUAUUGGCAAAACCAGCAAAGCCUGUCUCACAGGAAUUGGAACACUUUAUCUCUCAGUCAGGAGAGCAUGGAUUUAUCCUUGUGACAUUUGGCUCCAUGAUACCAUCCAAUCCACUCACUGAGUUUGUGAAGGAAAUGAACGACGGUUUUGCAAAAAUCCCGCAAAAAGUCAUCUGGAGAUACCGAAUAUCAGAGUGGCCGAAAGAACUACAGUUGGCCCCAAAUGUGAAAAUAAUGAAUUGGAUUCCUCAGAAUGAUCUCCUGGGACACCCCAAGGCUCGUCUUCUGGUCACUCAUGGAGGGGUAAACAGCGUGCAGGAAGCUAUCUAUCACGGGGUACCUAUGGUGGCAAUACCCCUUUUUUUUGAUCAGUUUGACAAUGCAGUACGGAUAAAAGCAAAACAUUUGGGAACAUUUAUUCCAUCAGAUCAACUGAAAGCUGAGAAACUGGCAAAUGCUAUUAGGCAUGUAAUAGAAGAUAAAAGCUACAAGAACUCAGCAAUGCACUUCAGCCUGAUACAGAGGUCACAGCCUUUUCCCAAGGAGCAGCAAAUAGUGCGAUGGGUGGAGCACAUUGUAACAGUGGGAGGAGCCAAUCACCUUAUUCCAUACUCCUACCAGCAACCCCUGUAUCAGCAGUAUCUUCUGGACGUCAUUUUAUUUGUGUGUGUGUGUUUAAUUGGGGCCUGUUACAUUACUGUGAAGGUACUGAGGCUAUUCAUCCAAAGGCUUUGUUCUGUCAGAAAGGUAAAACAAAAUUAACGGCAUUUAAUUAAAAAAAAGUUUUAGCUUUAUGUUUUUAUAUUAACAGAAAGAUUGCAUACAGCUUACAUCAACAAUAACGUCUGCACAAUUAUGUAACCGUGCAUAACAGUUAUGUUUUGAACAAUAAAAUAUCCAUAAAACUCUAAUACAAACCUAGAUCGGUCCCAUUUAUCCCCUUGUCCACUAAUGAUUCUUCUUCCUAACCAGGGGGUCCCAUAUGUGUUUCUGUUUUUAAGCUCACCUGUACUCAGAUUAGGGUUAAUGCUUUAUCUUGGCAGCAAAUAAAACUUUUAUAGACUAGGCCAGUAUACCCAAUAUACAGUAUCUCUGUCUCACAUAUAAAUAAUCUGCCAUUCCAACUGUUGGUAACAAUUGGUAAACUUUUAUCCGAGUCAGCUUGUGGUGUAGAUAUUGUUCAGUUAAAAAUUAGUUAUACCAGUGGAGAGGACAAGGGCUUUGAAAAUAUUAAAUAGUUUUAUAACAAUUACAAACCAAUGGUUUGACAACUCUUUCUGAUCAUGUGGCCCAAACAAUCCAUUCUUGAUUUAUACCCUCUAACAUCCAGGUCAACCAAUUUGACCAGGAUGGCCCCUCAAGAAGCCUUUCCAUCAUGCUCUGACAGAAUAUGUUCACUAUCCCCUUUUGAAAUAUAAGAUGAACUCUCCCUAUAAAGAACUGUUCUGGAACAGUAUAUGAUCAGGUGUAGAGAGUUGCAGGGAAUACAAAGCUG